UCAUUAUUUGCUUACCAUAGAAAUAACCUGCUAAUCUGUCUUAUGUGACGUACUAAUUUUAAAAGAUAAUUUUGAGAAUUUUUUUUCAUAAAAAAAAUAAAAGAUGGGAACUAAAGUGGAAUCAAAACCGAGUAGUACUUUUAAAUCUAUAACAUCGAAACACUCUGUUAUUCGCAGUAGAACAUCUAUGAUGCGCGAACUGAAUCUUUCCACAUUUAGAGAAAAACAUGCCAAGAUUAAAAUUACACUAGAAUGUUGCCAAAACUUAAAACCGUUCUUUCAAUUUUCGGAUAUCCAAGCAAAAUGCGUUUUUGGAGAUAAUGUUAUUGGAGAAUCCACACCCGUACCUAUAACAGACGCCCAUAGCAUUCCAAUAAUGCAUACUUUCGAAUUUCAAAUUAGAAGGACCCACUUAAAAGAUAUGGAUAAUUUGGUUACGUUUCCAGCAUUUUUAUACUUUUAUCAAAUCCAAGGCACCUACGAUCGUCAUAUAUACCCUCAAUUACAUAUCAACGAAUUAGUUCACUCCAUGGUACCAAUUAGGUCGUUCGAUAGCAUCUUUAGCUUGUACGAAGCUUUAUCUUCAAAAACCAACGUCGAAACUGUUGGUAGUACCGGCGAUGUACCAACGGUGAAGAGAAAGAGCAAGGUCAAGGUACCAGCCGUCAGCAGAUCUUCUAGUAUCAAAGUUUCUGAUAAAAUGGGGAAAUCGAAGAAAGAGUCGAAAACUUUAAUACCGAAGGAGAAGAGGUCUUCCACCAGUAAAAUUUCGAUUAACUGCAAGAAAACUAGUUCUAUAUCUCUUAGACAAUCUAAUGGCUCCUUAAGUCCGAUUAUACCUUGCGAGCCUAUAAUGUUUGGUAUAUGUACAAUCGAUUUUUUACCUCUGCUUUUUGGCAAUAAAAAUAUGUCGCUGUCAGUUUUAAUAAAACCUGUAGUCGAAUACGACGACGAAAAGAUGAUUUCUUAUAAAUCUCAUCCUAAGGCUACAAUUACUUUAUGUACCGAAGAUCAUUUGGAAGUUCCCGAUUCGGCCAUUUUGAAUUUUACGGUAGAAACCAUUUAUAACAUACCUCAAAACCUCAUGAAGGACAAUCAAGAAUUUAAACUUUGCUGUUUGAUGCCCAUGCUAAACGAACAAAAAGUGCCCAUACUAUUUUCAAAUCCAGUCUUUCUACGUAAAACUACGAACUGCAUAAGAAAAUGUUGGCCGGGAAUUCAAAGAAUUGGCAGCGAUGCGAAUUCUAGCGAAUACAGGACGCCCGAAGAUCUCAAAGACCUUAACGUAAAAUUUGAUCCGAACGUCGUGUCAUACAUAAAUAUGGACAGUGUGAGGCUUCAGUUUGCCAUGAUAAAAAGGCACUUAUUAUCGAGAGACUCCCUGGAUGAUAUUGCAACGCACGUGAAAGCGCAUAAAAAAUUUGUAUUGGAAUUUUACAUGACAACCAAAGGAGCACAACCCGAAGUGAAAACCCCGAAAAAUCAUGAACCAUCUGUUAGUACAAAAAAAGGAACAAGUUUUAACCCGUAUUUACAUCUAAUGGCUCUCAUAGAUUUAUCUCCUUUGCUAUAUCCCGGAGUUAGAAGAGUUCGUGUCGCAACUCCUUUGACAACGUUUUCUUCGGAAGAUGCUGCCAAAUACGGAGGACUUGAGGAUUCGUAUUUCUUCCCAAAUGCCAAAGAAAAUUCGAAACCCAAUAAGGUUCCUGGAGAAACGGAAAGAACAACUAAAGAGGAGAAAGUAACGAAAGGGGCAGAAGAAAAUCUGAAAUAUAAAUUACCAUUCAGACCCGAAGAAGCAGCGGAUCCAGUUCAAGUAUAUGAUGAAGAAGGACGUCCAUGCUUCGUAGUGGUCGAAAUUGUGUUAACCACUCCUUUGACGCCCAAAAAAGACAUCGAAGUGUUAAAAGAAGACUUGUCUAAACUGAUAGUAGCAACGAGUCAAGUACCCCAAGAUCUGUCAAAGGUAAUUUUAACGUCUUGCAUUACGGUGGAUUAUUACAAAGAAGUACUGAAUGGUAUGGUAAAUGAUUUGAAUAAAAAAUAUUUGACUUAUUUGGAAGAACAGAACUGUUCGACUGUACGCGAAUGUUGCGAAAGAAAUAUAGAAAGUUUCGUACAGUACCUGAAGAAGAGAGGAGUGUACGAAUCGUAUGUAAAUUCAAUAUCUAAAGCAGUGUCGUUGUUAAUAAGCAAAAAAUUCCAUCUCAGCGAUAAUAAAAACGACGUACAAUAUCAAAAACUUAUAGGCGACGUCUUCGUUUUUUUGAUAUCACAAAUGAACGAAACAGUCAAUAAAUUGAUAUGCCAUGGAAUGGAACCGACGUCUGACAUAACGCAAAUUAAUAACUAUUUGUUUUACUCUAAAGAAGCGAUGGAAAUUGGACGAGUAGAAAUGGCACAAAGAUAUUUAUUAGAAAGAAUUUGUCAUGAUACUGAGAAUGCUGAUUAUUGGUUCGAUUAUGGAAUAUUCUUGCUUCGAAAUAAGGAAGACGAUAAGGCGUUUGAAUCUUUUAAAGAAGCAUUGACCAAGAAUGCGAACCAUAAAUAUUGUUUGUUGAUCCUCGGUAUACUUUUAUGCGAAAAAAGUCAAAUUGACGAUGCAGAAACUUGUCUCUUGGUUUUGAUGAACAAAGAAUUCAGUUGGCUGGAAGGAUGGGGAGUACUUUAUUUAUUUUACCUCAAAUGCGACAAUUUCGAAGGCAUGGAUAUGGCCAUGGACAUGGCGAAAAAACAUUCGGGUAGGUCUCCUCAUGAGCAAGACGAAUUCAUGGAAGCUGAUGAAUUGGUUUGGACUAAAGCGAUCUGUCCGGGUACUAUUUUCUUUCGAACAGCGGUUCUUUUGUUGAAAUGUAGACUUUAUGAGUGGUGCGAAUUAGCCCUGUCGCAAGAAGUAAACAAUAAUUCUGGCUUAGUUCAAUACUUGCUCUCCGUUAUUUGUUACUACAAGAAAUUGUACGAUCACGCAUUGGACCACAUCGAGGAAACUAAAAGAAUCUACGGACCGGAUUACGCUGUCGCCAGUCUGGCGGGACAUUGUUUUUUGGCUCUGGACAGGAAACAGGAAGCCAAAGAACAGUAUUACUGGGCUUUGGAAUUCUUUAACAGACCCGUCAGCAUGCAUUUGGUCAGCAUUCAACUGGCGAACAUUUUAAACGAAUUCGGUGAAAUACAGGAAGCUAGAAAAUUGGCUUUGAUCAGCUGCAAAUACAAUCCAACUCCGUAUACUUGGAUGUUGGCCGGAAAAUUUUAUCUUCAGCAAAACGACUUGCUUAGUGCAGAAGAUUGUUUUUCUGAAGGCAACUGCAUAGAUAACAGAUUUGCAGAAAUAUGGGGAUAUUUAGCACUGGUAAACGCAAAAUUAAAAAGAGCAAGCGAGGCAGAAAUUUGCUACAAUCAGGCCUUACGGAAUAAAUUAGAUCAGCAAGAUCUAAUAACUGCGAUCCUAGAUGAAGUGGGCACUCUAUCCAAAGAAGAUUUUUUACACGUGUAUUAAUUUUAUUUAUAUUAUACAAAGUUGAAACAAAUUAAACAUAAUGUCGAAAAACAAUCACUUUAUUAGUUUGAAACAAUAAUCACUAAACAUGUAUAAAUAAAUGCUAUUUAAAUAUAAUAUAUAAGUAUAUAUAUAUAUAAAGCUCGAUAAAUUUCAUAAAUAAUUUUUUUAAAUCUAUUAGUAAACAAGUAGUAGUGGCUUGUAACCAAAAUAUUGGGGGUUUACAAUGACAGAAUAAAGAUCUCAUUACAGAUUUAGGUAAAACACUUUUAGUGUUUAUAAUAUACUUUUCUACAACACUAAAACAUUUUUACCUAAAUCUGUACGAAUAUCUAUAUUCUGUCAUUGUGAACCUCCAAUAUUUUGGUAACGGC